UGUGCUUCUCUGGCCUCAGCUCUGCGCUCCAACCCCUCCCAUCUGAGAGAGCUGGACCUGAGCUACAAUCAUCCAGGAGACUCAGGAGAGAAGCUGCUGCCUGCUGGACUGGAGGAUCCACACUGGAGACUGGACACUCUCAGCCUGCAGCCUGCUGGAGAACGAUGGUUGACACCAGGUCCUUGGAGGUAUUUCUGUGAACUGGAACUGGAUCCAAACACAAUGAACAGAUUCCUCAAACUGUCUGAUAACAACAGGAAGGUGACACGUGUGAAGGAGGAUCAGUCAUAUCCUGAUCAUCCAGACAGAUUUGAUGUCUAUCAGCUGAUGUGUAGAAAUGUUCUGACUGGUCGAUGUUACUGGGAGGUCGAGAGGAGAGGAUACGUUUAUAUAUCAGUGAGUUACAGAGGAAUCAGAAGGAAAGGAAACAGUGAAGACUGUUGGUUUGGAUAUAAUGAUCAGUCCUGGAGUCUGUUCUGCUCUGAUGGUCGUUACUCUGUCUGUCACAAUAACAGACGAACAUCCAUCUCCUCCUCCUCCUCCUCCUCCUCCUCCUCCUCCUCCUCCUCCUCCUCCUCUUCCUCCUCCUCCUCCUCUGUCUCUAACAGAGUAGCAGUGUAUGUGGACUGUCCUGCUGGCACUCUGUCCUUCUACAGAGUCUCCUCUGACACACUGAUCCACCUCCACACCUUCAACACCACAUUCACUGAACCUCUGUAUGCUGGGUUUAGGUUCUGGUCUUAUGGUUCCUCAGUGUCUCUGUGUGGUCUGUAGGAAGGAGAGUCUCCUCCUGUCAGAGAAACGUUCUCAUGUUAUUUAGCACCAACCUGAUCUCUCACUGGUUGUAAAUAGAGUUUCUAAAGCCAACAUGGUUUCCACAUGACUGACAGUUAGUUAGUCAGUCACAUAUAUCCACAUUUAAAAAGCUGUAAAACAGAAGCUGAUUUUCUCAGAGCAGAUAUCUCAGUCUGUUAGAGGACUGUUUGGAGGUUCGGAGGUCGUGGCUUUGAUCCUUAUGAGUCUCAGUCAAUGUUCAAGUCCAACACCCAAAGUGAAACUCAGAAGCUCUCAGAGAGAAAACCACCAGCGGCUCAAAGUUUACUGAAACGUCAAGUUGUGACCGAGCUUUUUAAACAUGUUGGAAGAGUUUAGCCACUAACUAUAACACACAUAAUGACAGUAAGUAUCUGCUGGCCUAGAGAGGAACUUUGGUCUUUCUCCUCUUAUUUGGUUUUUUGGCUUCUUGUUCAAUGACUUGUUUUUUUAAUCAUAUAGUGGAUUCAGAAACCAACAUGUUUUUAUGUGUGUCUCUACUGGAUGUGCAUGUACAGCUGUCAAUCAACAUGAUCAUUCAUCCAUUCAUCCAUUCAUAGCUUUGUCUCUAAAAUGUCAGGAAAUAGUGUAAAUAGUGUGAAAUGCUGGUUGUAAUUGGACAGAGUCAAAGGCAGCGUCUUUAAAUGUCUCAUUGUGUCUGAACUAAAGUCCAGAACAUCAAAUAUUCAGUUUAUUAUCAUGUCAGACAAAGAAAAGCUUCAAAAUGACUAAAAUGAUGAUGAAGUGCUGAUUUAGUGUUGAUGGAUAAUCAAUGAAUGGACUAAUAGUUGCAGCUCUGGCUGUAUGUGAACAGAAUAUUAGAGGACAAACAGCUGACAGUUUAGCGCCUUACUAAAUAUCCACAAUAAAAAGCUCAUUUACAGGAUAAUUCAUCUGUUUCUAAUCUUUUCAUGUUUCUUAUUUGCUGUUUUUGUGUUUUUACCAAGUAAAGUUGAUCAUUUGUAUGUUUGUGUUACUCAGGCAGAAAUACAUGUAACUGCUGUAUCACCUGUUAUGUCCAAUAAAAAAAGGCUGAUCAA